AUUUCCUCAUAAAUAAUGAAUAAAUACAUUUACACACAGAAUUCACCGUUAAAGUAGUUUAUAAAAGAACAUUUCUUUAAAGAAACGCGGCUUCACCGGCACGGCAGAUGGACCGGAAGUGACGUCGAGUCUCGCGCAAGAAACCGGCGCGCCAAAUUUCAAAGCACUUCCUGUGAGAGCUCGCUGCAGAAGUUCGACUCGAGGCGACGAUAAGAGGCGAAAUGUCCGCGCUUCCGCCGGUGCGGCGGGGUGUUUAGGGAUGAAGAGUGUGCUGUCACCACCAUCAUUCGGCUGUUCACAUUAAUAAUAAAAAAAAACUCUUUUGAACUGUUUUUGAACUGUUUUUCAUAUAAUUAAAUCCCCCCACACACACGUUUAUUCAGUUCAGUGUUGCUGUAAAACAUUUCCUCAUUAAUAUUUAAUGAGUGCAGCACCUCUACGAUGCUGGGUCGUGACCCUGUACACAUAUCUGUGUAAGUCUAAAAGGCGGGUGUCGGUUUGGCUCCAUUCCCCCACGACCGUGCCAAAAUGUUCCCCGGGAUCCAGCCCUGUUUUCAGCUGUUGAGAAUAGGCUCGUCGAGCUCCACGCACAGCCCUGGCGGCGGUGCUCCUUCGGACUCCGCCCACGACCUGUACACCUUCAGGCCGGCGCUGCCGCACUCAGUCUUUAGGCUGGGCCGGAUGGCGGAGCUGUGCGAUGUGACCCUGCAGUCGACAGGAGUUUCGCGCGUCCAUGCCGAGCUUCAUGUCGAGAAGCAGAGCGACGCUGCAGGAGAGGAGAGCUGGAAGGUCCAAGUCAAGGACCGGAGCAGCUACGGUACGUGGGUAAACGAUGUCCGGAUCCAGUCAGGCGUCCUCUUGGAGAUAUUUGACGGUGACACGCUGACCUUCGGAGGACAAACAGUGCAAGGAAACCCAGAGUUCUACUUCCUUUUCCAGAAGGUCAGCGUCAGCCCUCAGGACUUUGCCGCCAUAACCGUCCCCAAGGCGAGUUCUUUUUCGUCCAAUAUCAACAACCGGAUCAGAACCAGCCUGGACUCCAAACAAGAGCCGGGCCUUGACAUUUCUAAGCUCUCCAUUAACAAAGCCACGGUCAUUCUCAACUCCAUUGGCAGCCUGAGUAAGAUCAACGGCAGCUGCUGGACCUUCAAGAAGACAGACAAGUCCGGUGCACACGAUGCACAUUCGUUUCAAACCUUAGUGCCGCCUUCGACUCCGCCUUCUCUUUCCGAUAGCCAGGAGACUGUGAAGUCCAUCCCACCGUCGUCUAAGAGCCGACGCAAAUCGGCCCACACUGUGCUUUUGGAGGACGACAGCGCCGAGGACCACGACGGCUGCAGGACCAGCCUGGAGGAAGCGUGGAAAGCCAAAGCCAGCAAAAGGCGGCGCCUGUACAAAUCCGAGUCGGAGCUCUUUCAGUCCCCGCCGUCGAACGUGGAGCCGAGUACGAGGCCGCAGCCGGACAGCAGGCCAGUCGUGCCCAAGCAGAGCUCGGUCGUAUUCAAUCAGCUAAGCAACGGGAGCCUCAGUCAUCCUCAGUUUACCGUUAUCCUGAAGCGUGAGAGCGAUCACACACCCCACGGUAAGAGCGUCAGUCUGUUGCCGUGCCGGCAGCAGAAGCGUGGCUCUUCGGCUCCCCGAGGCAGGCGAAGAGCGAACAGCACUCCCGUAUGCUCCUCUCUGGUCGUCGGAGGUGAGAGCUAUCACCUGGCCACUCCGCCAGCACGCGUGGGCAAAGUGAUGAGGGGACACGCCGCACGUUUCCACGCCGCCUCAACCACCACCACCACCAGUCGACGACGGGGCAGACCCAGGAAGCAUCCCCCGCCCCAGCCCUCCCACCCGUCUCCUGCUUCGUCCUCCUCGUCAUCCAGCUCUUCUUCCUCGUCAUCAUCAUCAUCGUCUUCCUCAGAAGAUGAAGAUGACGAGGAUAUCGAAGAGGAAAGGAGGGUGGCGCAGAGCGUAGAGCCGUGCGCAGCGGCGCGAUGCCGUCUGCCUCAGCAGGACACGGUGCAGUGGGUACAGUGUGACGACUGCGACGCCUGGUAUCACUUGGACUGCCUUCCAUGUGAGCGCAACCGAGCCGUGUUUCUGCACGAUCCUAGCGCUGAGUUCCACUGUGGAUGCUGCUGAUCAGCUCCGCUAAUGGUAUUUAAACCAGCGCUCCUCCAGGAUCCAUGUUUACGCAAUAAAGUCUCUGUUGUCUGAC